CACGCUUAGCCUCACGCUCUAUAACGACACCUCCAAAUGCUCCAUCAGAACAAAGGAAUUCCAUUACAGGAGUUCUCAUUCCUAAUCACGCCAAGGAUCACAGAGAUGGCCCGUCCUCUCGUGCUCCUCCUUGCCAUUGCCGUCGCCGCCGUGUCGAUCCCUCUCCGGUGCGCCGCCAACGGCGCGGUGACCACCGUGGAGGAGGCGUGCCGGCAGCACACGAAGCACCCGGCGUUCUGCGUGCAGGCGCUGUCGUCGAAGCCGGCAGAGACAGAGACAGCGUCGCCGUCGGUGGCGGCGCUGGCGGCGGCGGCGGUGUCGCUGGCGGCGGAGAGCGGCGCGGCGGCGGUGUCCCUUGUGCGGGGCCUGGAGUCGGAGCCCGGCGGGAUGCCGAUGGAGUGCCUGGAGCGGUGCGUGGGCAAGUUCCAGGCCGCCGUGGCCGAGCUCACCCGGUCCAGGGCGGCGCUUCUGGGCCUGGCAGAGCACAGCCAGGGAGGCUAUGUCUCGGCGGCGGACGUGGCGCGCGUGAAAGGGUGGGUGAAGGCGGCCAGGGCGGACGGCGACACGUGCCUGGACGGCUGCCGCACCGCCGAGGGCGCCGCCGACCCGUCCAUCGUGCACCGGAUCGCCGAGCUCCGCAAGCUCUGCUCCGUCGCGCUCUCCCUCACCGCCGCCGCCGCCGACGCGCACCACCGCCUGCUGCCGAGGCCUUACCCUGCAGCCGCGUGAGAAAUAUACUGAUACCGGAAAAUUGCACUCGUAAUGUGUGAUGCAAUGUUGUUGCGUUUGUAAAUCUGCUGGGAAUAUGCGCGAGAAAACAUUCUCUCCCGACAUUCCCCUCCCUGUUCUGUUCCUCCUCCAUCCCGUUCUUCUAGCUGGGCGGGCAUGACCUGCUUCAGCACAUCCUCCUCUGACUCUGUCGGAAUCCAAAGCAAUAUCUGUGUAAUCUAGCCCAUUGAUCGGAUUUUUUCCUGAUACAGAAUCUGUAGCAAUAUCAGAA